GCCAAGCCAAGAAGAAGAGUAAACAAAAUAGAAAUUGUUACAAUUUGAUUUUGUUCAAACUUUUUUCUAACAAAUAAGAAAAAAAUGAAACUCUUUGCAACCCUGUUGACUUUGUGUCUAGCCGUUGUGGUAUCCGCCCAAUCUAAUGCCAUUGAUGCUGCUGUAGACGAACCCUCCCAGGAAUAUUUACCCCCAGCCGAGGAAGCCAAUGCAGCUAAAUUGGCUGAAGAUGGUUACCGGUAUAAAACUGUAAGAAAAUUGAAAUAUCGCGCCCGCCAUCGUCGUGAUGUCUCCCAAGAAUAUUUGCCUCCAGUCAAUGAACCCAAUCAGGAAUAUUUACCUCCCUCAGAGGAGAAAGCAGAAACCAAGUUGGCCGAUGAUGGUUAUCGCUACAGAACCGUACAUAAGCUGAAAUUACGCUCCCGUCAUCGUCGUGAUGUCUCUCAGGAAUAUUUGCCUCCCGUUAAUGAACCUACUCAGGAGUAUCUGCCCCCGGGCGAAGAGAAGGCCGAAGAUGGUUAUCGUUACAAGACUGUGCGAACUUUGAAAUUCCGUUCCCGCCACAGACGUGAUGUUUCGGAAAUUGAAAAACCCUCCAAGGACUACUUGCCUCCAGUCGAUGUAGAAUUGGCCCCUGAUCUAAAAACCGUGUUGGGUGAUGAUGGCUAUCGUUACAAAACUGUGCGCCGUUUGAAAUUGCGUCGUCACAGACGUGAAGCUGAUAUGCCAGCAGCCGAUAAUGCUGCUGCCGCCUACUUGCCUCCCGCCGAAGAGAUGCCCGCCGACGCUGCUGCCGCUGAUAUGCCCGAGACCAAGAGCGCAGAAUUAGCCCAAGAUGGUUAUCGUUACAAGACUGUGCGCCGCAUCAGAUAUCGAUAUCGCCAAUAGAUAGGAUGCUUAA